AUGAGUAAUAUAAAUGGUUUUCACCCGCCGUCAGCAUCGAUGGCGUAUAAUGGACAAAAUGAAACUUCGAAACGUUUGCCAAGUACAAGUAGUACAAGUAGUACCAGUAGUAAUAGUACAACAGCAACAAAUAAACGUUUAAAAGCAAAAAUAGUUUCAUCAACGGUUAAUGAGACACGAAUAAUGAAAAGGCAUAAAAAUAAAAAACCAAAAACAACAUCAACAACGACAAAUGAAACAAAUAGAAAACGUCUUAAUCAUAAUGAUUCAAAUAAUAAUUCAACAAAAAAAGUUAAACAAUCAUCUCAUUCUCGACAUCUUUUUACACAUCCUAUUAUACAUAAUCAUCAAAAAAAAUCUUCAUCUCAAACAGAAAACAUUCCAUCAGCAACAACUAAAGCAGACCAACAACAACAUCACCACCACCACCAUCAUCAUCAUCACCAUCAUCACAAUCACAAUCCUAAUGUUAUUAAUAAUGAUCAUUGUGAUUCAUGUGGAGAAUUAUAUGGUGAAAUGAUUUCAUGUGAUACAUGCCCGGCAACAUUUCAUCUUCUAUGUGCUAAUCCACCAUUAUCAAGAGAAGAUGUUCCAAAAGGUUCUUAUUUUUGUGAAAAUUGUCGAGCUAAAACAGCAGAAGAAGAAUCAAUAAAUAAAGAUAAACAAACCAAAACUAUUUUACAAACACAAAAAUCAUUUACAUUUGAUCCAAAAAAUAAAUUAAAUAUAAAUGGAUUUAAAAAACAUUCACAACGACAAUCAACAUUAGAACAGAUUAAAUUACCAACAGCAUCUAAUGGUCGAUCAUUAGUACAACCAUCUGGCGAGAUUAAAUUUCGUGCAACAAAUAGUACAACUAAAAGCAAAUUAUCAACAUCAUCAACGAAUCUCAAACGAAAACGAAUUGAUUCAUCCUUUUCUCCACCAUCAACAAUAAAUUCUAAUAAUAAUAAUGUCCAUGCUGUAAAAAUUCCUACUACACAAAUUGAAGCCUUACGUCGUUUAUUACUUUCAUGUCGACCAGAAGAAUUUCGUGGUCCAUCAUUACCAUUUGAUGAUCCAAAUUAUAAUCGAGAGAAUAAUAUUCAAAAAGAUUCUUUAUCGUGGCAAAAAUAUUGUUUUAUAUGUCGAAAAUCUUCAUCAAAUCAUAUUCCAUCAAUAAAUUGUGAUUAUUGUCCAUUAACAUAUCAUUUAGAUUGUUUAACACCACCAAUGACAUCACUACCAUCAUCAACAGAUAAAUGGAUGUGUCCAAAUCAUAUCGAACCAAUAUUAGAUCGUUAUUUAUUAAAAAAAAAAUAA